UGCCUAUUUAAAAGGUCCUAAAAAUCAGUCUAAAAAAAAGAGGAGAGGGACCUGAAAAUAGAGAGUGAAAAGAGAGAAAAAAAAUUUAGAACAAAAGGAAAGGAGAAGAGUCUAAGAAAGUACACAGCUACCGUCGUGUUACACAAUAAUGAGCACGAGUCAGAAUUCAUUUGUAGCUAUUAUAAGCAAGGUCCCUCUGAGGUUACGCAUGUGGUGGAAUGACUUAGCAGAGAUAGAACAAGAUACAGUCAAGUCACACUUGGGAGGUUUGGUCGGUUUACUGAAUAUUAAUCCGAGAGGGGACAUAAUACGGGCUUUGAUCUCCUUCUGGGAUCCGGCACAUAAUGUAUUCCACUUUUCAGACUUUGAGCUCACACAAACCCUGGAAGAAUUGACCGGAUACAUCGGGAGUCCUAAAAUGCCCUUGAAAAACCAGUACCUUAUUGCACCGAGGGCAUUAACCGUACACAAGUUCUUAGACAUUGUGAAGAUCCACAGAAAUGUAUACGACCCAGAUUUAGCAGAAGGAUUUUGUAGUCUGGCAUUCCUUUACGAAAGAUACAGUCAUUUUGGAGGUUUCAACAAACCCGAAGGUAAAAUCUGCAGUGGGUCAGACCGGCGGAAGUGGGAAGAACAUAGGUGUGUUGCUUUUAUGGUGGCCUUUCUGGGCCUUCUGGUAUUCCCCAGAAAAGAUGAGAAAAUCAAUAUACAGGUCAUGGGAGUCGUCAGCACUUCGCUCCAGCAUAACAACAGCACGUUGGCACCAAUGAUAGUGGCGGACAUCUUCCGUGCCCUUACUGUUUGCAAAGCCGGAGGGUAUUUCUUCGAAGGAUGCAACAUACUACUCCAGAUGUGGAUGAUAGAACACUUGUGCCAUCGCCCUCGGUUUGUAAAUUAUGGUUCAUCAAAAAAGACUUGUAUAGAAGAGUUCUCCAUAAGGGUGGACGGGUUCAGUUUGCUAGAGGGAAGAAAAGAAUGGGUAACUUUCCUGCGAUCAGUCUCAGCAAGUCAGAUAUAGUGGGAAUUCGGGUGGCUUCCCGCAAAUGAAAUCAUAUAUAUGUCGGCCGCCGAAUCUUAUUUAUUGUUGAUGGGUUUCCACAGUAUCCAGCUGUAUGCACCGUAUAGAGUAUUAAGACAGUUGGGGCGAUGCCAGAUAGUCCCAAAAGACGAGGAUCUCAGUAGCCGAGUGGUCGAAAUCAGGCCUGGCGGGCAAUUUCCCGAAGGAAUAGUGCGCAAAAGUUGGAGUGAAAGUCAAACCUUGCCAGCAAAGACUCUUAUAGAAAAUCGGUCCGAAGGUGAGGUAUCCCCACACUACCUCCCGUGGUACCGAAGAGAACUAGAGUACCAAAGACCAGCCAAAAUACCCCACGUCCAAGAUUUUGCUGAAUCAUCUCAGGCACAAUGGGGUUGGAUGGAAAAAGAAAAGGGAUAUCAGUUUGAGAUUGGCAGGCUAAAGCAGCAAAUCGAGAAGCUAAAAUAUGAAAAUAGCCUGCAGAUUGAUGUUGAUACAGGGGAGAAAAAUAGGUUGACUCAAGAAAAUGAAGCCUUGAAAGCCAAAGUCCAACGGGUCAGAAAAGAAGCCAACAACCAACCGAGGAGUCGAUCUGACCAGAGGUUGAUAAACGGAUUAAACCAACAGCUCAAGGAAAGUCAAGAAAGUUUGGAGAAAUCCGAGGCUAGCAGGGCAAGGAUGCAAGUCAGAUGGGAGAAAGGCACAAGGGAACGAAGGAAGUACUUGCAGCAGGUCAAGAGGGGUUAUGAGAUGAGCAUCGAGAUAUUAACAGAAACGAACUCCACUUUGCAAGAACGAGUUGUUAGACAGGGCCGUGAAGCUAGGGAAGAGAGGAAACAAUGCUAUGACAUGAUGGCCAUAAUGGAAGCACAAAUGGAAAAAUUCCAAAAUCGACUUGUAGACAAUGCACGAGUAUUGGGGUUAAAGAAUCAACAGAUAGAACAAAUGUUUAGAGAGAGGGAUGGCAUUCAGGAAAGGAUCGAUGAAAUUGGACGUUACAUUCACAUGAGGUACCUGUCAUGUGAACAGAUGCCCCAGGAUGCCCUCUUCUCCUCUGUCAUGGGCUACAUCCGUCAAAUCAUGGGGGAACUAAAGAAUCUGCGAAGAGGUCUUACACCAAAGCCCGCGAAAAGGCCGAAAGAUGCUAGCGGGCACCAAAAUUGAAAGUUUUAAUGCAUUUUUAGUUUGAAUUUGUAUUUGUUGUUUGUUUUAGAGUCCGUUUUCGUUGUUUUUUAAAUCAUGCUCAGAGUCUGUAUUUUAGUUUUCCUUUUUCA